ACAAAGAUGGCUUCACACAUGCAUGUGAGGAAGUGCAUGAAUGUGGACAUGGCAUCAUUACUGGACAAGUUUGGAUUAAUUCUGCUUUGUUUUUUAAUCGUCACGGUGCGUUGUGACAUAAGAGAGACUGAGGUUCAUUCGGGAUCAGAGUCAAAUGCGCAAGCCUCGUCGGGAGUGUAUAGUUCUCACUGCGGCUGUCAAGGGCUGAAGAGAGAUGAUUUUAUCGAGAAAAAAAACACACUUUCUGAAAACCCUGGCUAUAAAUAUUCUGAAACAGCAAAUGAAAAGCCUGCUAACGUGCCCGAAUAUGACACGUUGACUAAGAUGCUGCUGAUCGAGGGAGACUGGUUCUUGAUGGGCACUGAUGAUCCAGGGAUACCACAGGAUGGAGAAGGGCCUCAGAGAAGGGUGUGGAUUGACCCGUUUUAUGUUGAGGAGCAUGAGGUCACGAACAAGCAAUUCCAAAGCUUCGUUAACCAAACAGGCUAUGUUACAGAGGCGGAGAAUUUUGGAGACUCGUUCGUGUUUGAGGGUCUGCUGAGUGAAGAAGUAAAGAGUACUCUGUCCCAUGCGGUUGCUGCUGCCCCCUGGUGGUCGCCAGUAAAAGGAGCAGAUUGGAGACACCCAGAAGGCCAUGAUUCAACCAUUGCAGAUAGGAUGGAUCACCCUGUGCUGCAUGUGUCGUGGGCUGAUGCUCGGGCCUACUGUCGGUGGGCUCAGCGCAGGCUGCCCACAGAGUCCGAGUGGGAAUUUGCCUGCAGGGGCGGUCUGCAGGACAGGUUGUAUCCAUGGGGGAAUAAACUGAUGCCAAAAGGCCUCCAUUAUGCCAACCUGUGGCAGGGAGAUUUCCCCAAUCACAACACAGCAGAAGAUGGAUACUUUCACACAUCACCAGUGAAGUCAUUUCCUGCUAACAAGUUUGGGCUUUAUGACAUGGUGGGGAAUGCUUGGGAGUGGACGGCAGACUGGUGGAACGUUCAUCACACCAGGGAUCAGCAACGCAACCCAAAAGGACCAGAAACAGGAACGGAGAAAGUCAAAAAAGGAGGCUCCUAUAUGUGUCACAAGUCGUACUGCUAUAGAUACAGAUGUGCUGCUCGUAGCCAGAACACUCCUGAUAGCUCCGCCUCUAACCUGGGCUUCCGCUGUGCAGCUGACAUGAAGUCGUGACCUCUCACCUCUACAGGAUCUGCUUUCCUGUUUUCAAUAAAAUGUAAUUGGAAACUUCACUCUGGGACUUUGUUAUGAAAUGGUGUGUGUUUACCCUGUCAAUAAACUUUUCAGAUGUGA